GCUGCGUAUUGGUCGCCUUCGUGUACAUACGCUCUCGUGAUAUCCUUCCAAUCAAGAGAUUAGGAUGUUACCACACUCACCUGGCUCCAGAACCAGGCACACUCAUACACCCAUAUAUUUCCUUAUCUACGUCAACGAUGCGCCAAGCUUUAGGGUGCGCAUGGAGGGGCGACAUAAAAUAGGCGAAUCAACUUCUCUGACAGUCCGACUUCCAAGCGCCGGUUUCCAGCUUCUUCCCCAGUUCACAGUUCGGCUACGCCUCCACGUCCUCUAAAAUGAGUCUGGAAUCCUCCGGUGUAUUCAAGGACCAGAAACAUCAUGCAGGAGUUUCUUUGUCGACCAAGGAUGUUGACACUGGUGCUCAGCUCGUCGCUGGAUUAACUUCAACUCUUCAUCCCGAUGAGGCUUUGAGAAUAAGGAAGAAGAUCGACAAACAUAUCAUGCCUAUGAUGUGUGUUCUCUACUGGGUCCAAUUCAUGGACAAGACAACCUUGGGUUCUGCGGCUAUCCUUGGAAUUGAGCAGGCCACCCACCUGACUACGAAUGAGUACAAUUGGCUUGGCACAGUGUUCUACCUCAGUUAUCUUGUCUUUGAGUAUCCCCAGAACCUUGCCCUCCAAAGAUUCCCGGUCGGGAAAUGGAUGAGUAUCAACAUCUUCGUCUGGGCAGUUGCACUGGCAUCUCAUGCAGCGUGCAAAAACUUUGCUGGGCUUCUUGUUGUGCGCCUGUUGCUAGGCGUAUGUGAGGGGUCAAUCACUGCCGGGUUCUUGAUCGUUAGCUCCAUGUUCUACACGCGGACGGAACAAACCCUACGGGUUGGUUAUUGGUUCCUCAUGAAUGGCACUGCACAAAUCAUCUCUGGUUUCAUCAGCUUUGGUACUUUGCACAUUAGUACCAAAGGGUUUGAACCGUGGCAAUGGCUCAUGAUCAUCACUGGAUUAAUUACACUGGUCCUGGCCCUUUCAUUCUGGUUCUUAUUCCCCGACUCACCUACGAACGCUUGGUUCCUCACUCCUGACGAGCGGGCGAAAGCCGUGCAACGCAUCAAAGAAAACCAAACAGGCGUAGAAAACAAAAGAUUCAAGAAGGAGCAGAUGAUCGAAGCCCUGACUGACUAUAAGACAUGGCUCUUUGCCCUCUUCUCGGCUUUGGACAAUGUGCCUAACUCAUUGACAAACCAGCAAACACUCAUCCUCGCUUCAUUCGGAUUCAAUGCUCUACAGACGACUCUAUUGUCCUGUGUUCCUGGUGUCAUUGAAAUCUUGACAAUCUUCACUGGUGUUCGGAUUGCUGCACGACGGCCCAAUUCCAGAGCAUAUGUUGGUGCUGUGUACUUCGUCCCGGCGUGGUUGGGCAUCUUGCUGGUCAACCUAUUACCUUGGUCGAAUCGGACUGGACUUCUGAUCGGCCAGUUCCUGACUGGGUGCAGUGUACCUGGGUUCGUGCUGUCGUUGUCGUGGCUCAAUAGUGUGACUGCUGGCCAUACGAAGAAGGUUGUUACUAACGCCAUUAUGCUCUCGGCAUACUGCAUUGGCAAUGCGGCCGGCCCUUUCAUGUGGAAGACACAAUACAAGCCGCGUAACCACGUCCCAUGGGCUGUGAUCGGUGCAUGUUACGUCGUCUGCCCGGUACUUCUCCUUGUCAUCCGUGCCGUUCUUGCCCGAGAGAACAAACUCCGUGACGCUGAGCCUGUUGACGACGAGGAAGAAUACGUUAUCGAGAGAAUCACUGAGGAUGGGAAGCGUGUAGAAGUUAAGGUCGACAAGGAAUUCCUGGAUUUGACAGAUAGGCAAAACAGGGACUUCAGAUACGUUUUGUAACAUUAAGUAUGCGUGAUCCCUCUCUGCACAUUCAUUUGUUAGUAUACACAUGUUUUCUUAUUCGUGUCGCCAAUUCAUCAUACUCAUUGAUGACACGACCUAGAUGGUAUCAUGACAUUGCACCCUUAUGUACACGUCAAUUACAAGAAACUGCGCUUACUCCAAUUCCACGUAUUGUAUCCACCUGAGUAUAUGGCGCACGCCUCAAAGUUCAAUGAUAUUUCAAGA